AUGCAUAGUAAUAGGAAUGGUUGGUUACACUUAAUUAUUGGAACAACUUAUUCUUAUCUAUUAUUAUGGGGAUGUGGACAUUUUCUGAGGAAGUCAUUUGUUGUGAUGCUGCUGUCUAGGACUAUAAACAGACCUGGUCAUGUUUGGAAUGAAACUUGGUCCUUUUUAUCGGAUGGUAUCUUGUACGCACAGAGACAACUUGCUAACAACCAAGAACUGCAGUUGCAGGAAGAUGACUUGAAAAUUUUGACAUUGCUUGAGAUUGAAGGCUUGUUUCAAGAAAACCGUAGGAGUCUUGUUGACUUUAAGCCAAUUCCAUACCCUAAUGGUUAUGUACUUCAACAACUUGGUAACAGACUUAUAUAUGAAGAGAGAAGUUAUGAUAUCUCUGUUAUGAAAACGGAGUUCACUAGUCUUUUCAAUGCACUUACAGAUGAACAGUGA